AGACUUUCUUUCCGCAACAGAAUUUACUAACACAGGUGACAAACUAAAAAUUCUUACUAAUCAACUACCUAUCUUUAGGGUAUACAAACUUGUUAAGGAUUCAAGAACUUAUGAAAAUACAAUAGAAGUUCUUAAUUCAAUCUACAUCAAACAGAAAAAUGAAUAUUUUCUCGAUACUUAAUGACUAGAAAACAACAUCAAGGAGAGACAAUAGAGAUCAGUACAUAAAAGAACUUAAAUCACUGAGUAAGGAAUGUGUGUUUGAAGCUGUAAAUUCGUCUCAAUACAGAGAGCAAUAUAUCCGAGAUGCAUUUAUCAAUGGCAUAUAUAUAUAUACUCAUACAUUUCCCAAAAACUAUUUGAAAACAAAACUUUAUACCUAGCACUGUUAAACAAUCUAGAGCUCUUGAAAUGGCUCAAAAACAAGUUGAGCGUUAUUCCCAAUCUGACUACAGAGAUCAAACAUGUGCGGUCAAUGAGACUGCACAGCUGGUCAAUAAGUGUGAAUCCCACUUGGAGAAAGAAAGGGAUUCAAGUAAAAGAAAGAGCAUUUCAAGUACCAGUAAGUGCUAUUUUUGUGGAUAUGAUAAACAUUCUAGACAUUUUUGUCCAGCUAAAGAAGAGAUGUUUAGGAAAUCCAAUAAGAAAGGCCACUAUGCAAGAAUGUGUAAUAGUUACGAUCCUCGACUAUUCAAAUUCGAUCCUCAACAACUCAAUUACGAUCAUCGACAACAAAUUCAAAGAGCCCAGAAACAGCCUUUUUAGCUACAACA